AUGGCCGUCUCGACUUGCUGCCUCAAAUCGUUCGCCUGGGAAGGCACACCCGGGGGCCAAACUUCCACCCUUGGGUCCCUCAACACGUACAUUGCUGGCACAAACUCGGAGCGAGCGAUCCUUUUCGUCCACGAUGCCCUAGGCUGGACAUUUCCCAACGCACGUCUGCUGGCCGACCAUUACGCCCGCGAAGUCGACGCCACCGUCUACCUGCCGGACUUCUUCGGCGGCGAAACCCUCCCCUUCGAGCCCAUCCUGGCGGGCCGUUUCCAUGAGGUUGAUUUUGCUGGCUUCCUGGAGAGAAAUAGUCGCCCCAUCCGCGAACCCGACAUCUUCGACGCCGCCCGUGCGUUGAGGCAACAAUACAAGAGAGUCGGCGCCAUUGGGUUCUGCUACGGCGGGUGGGCUUGUUUCCGACUCGGGUCCAAAGACCAUGACCCCCCCUCGCUUGUCGAUGCCAUCAGCGUCGGCCAUCCUAGUCUCUUGACGAAGAAGGAUAUCGACGAGGUUGCGGUCCCUGUGCAGAUGCUCGCACCGGAGCAUGAUGUCGCAUAUCCACUGGACAUGAAGGUUCAUACGUUCGAGACUGUGAUGAAGAACAGGCUCCCCUUGAUUACAUCCAUUUUCCCGGCGUCGAGCAUGGCUCUCUUGUGCGUGGGGAUGCAGGCCUCAAGGGCGAGAGGGAGGCCAUGGGCCGGGCGAAGGACGCGGCUGUAA